GCCCGCCCCGCCCCGCGCUCGGCCCUACAUAGGAGCAGCUCCCGUCCCGGCUGACCCCAGCUCAGGCUGCGGCCCGGUUCCGCCAUGGUCUCGGUCCUCGGGCUCUGCGCCGCCCUGGCCCUGCUGCCCGCCGCCGCCGCCGCGCAGGACGUGGCGGGAGAUUGCAGCCAGUAUACGAACAGGAGCUGUGAGGAGUGUCUGAAAAAUGUUACUUGCCUGUGGUGUGCCAGCAGCAGGAGGUGUGUGGAGUACCCUGUUCGAAGAGUCCUGCCCCCAGCUGACCUCUGUGAGCUCCACUCUGCACGCUGGGGAGUCUGCUGGGUGAACUUUGAAGCCCUGAUCAUUGCAAUGUCUGUGGUGGGAGGAAUAAUCCUCAUCAUGUUGGGGGUCUGCUGCUGCUGCUGCUGCUGUUGUAAGAAAAAGAGCAAAAAGCCAGACAAGGAAGAUGAGAGGAUGGCCAGGGAGCGGGAGAGGAGGCGGGUGCGGCAGGAGGAGAGGAGAGCUGAGAUGAAAUCACGACAUGAUGAAAUCCGAAGAAAAUAUGGCCUGUUCAAGGAGGAGAACCCUUAUGCAAAAUUUGAGAAUUAGUAUCUCCAGACCUGCCCACCCUGGUGAACGGUGCCUUCCCAGAGCCACAGGACUUCAUGCUUCCCCUGCCACAAGGAGACCACCAUGGUAUCACUUAUCACUUCAGAUGCCACAGAAGAUGAGCCAAAUGCUUAGUGACAUCAUUGUCCCUAUUCUAGGUGCUUGGUCUGCUCCAGAGCUUUGUUCUUUCUCUGCUGGUGCAGAAACACAUGGUGGCAAUACUGGAGGAUGACAUGUUUCUUCUCACUUAUCCCUGGGGUGGUUACAGAGUCCAAAGCAAUGCAAUUAACAGUUCUUGUCCCUGGACAAGGGCAAAAGCAGCCUUGUGUAUCUUGCUCCUGCCUCACCAAAUACUCUUCACACACACACAGAGCCAGGCUCUUCUCACCUUUCUUUUUCUUAUAGGCAAAAACUAGUUUCUUGACUUACUGGUCAGCAGGAGGCCUUGUCCAUUACUCCAGGUGCCUGUACUUGUGCCAGUACAUGGGCAUUCCUUUCAAAAAGCACAAGUUUCUGGUUGUCUCAGGCCUCCAGUAGGACAGUCCCAUGUGCACGUUCUCACUUUCAACUAAUCUGGGAAAAUGCCCCAACACUCCUACCUCUCUGUGCCUUUCUAGAAAAGGUGGUCUCCUGGGCUUGGUGGCCACCACUGAUAGCAAUACUGUAGGAUUUGGAUGCCUUUACACUAUGUUGACUAUAUAUUGAACUGAUUCGAUUAUUGUGCAUUACCUUUUGGGGUGUGUGUGGUUUAUUCUUUCAUCUUUAUUUCCUUUUAUUAUUAUUGUACUAUUAUGUUCUACUUUAAUUUCAGUUAUUAAACUUUUCUUAUCUCA